UGCGUUACGGCGCAUCUCGCGGAUAUUUAAAGCCUAAUGGCCAAGUAUUUGGUCCAGUUGAUUCUAUCUGGUGCUCGAGUUUUGGGCCGUGCCUUUGCCCAAGCUGUCAAAGAAGAAUAUGUUUCAAGUCAAAGAGUUGCUAACGCCCGUCGAAACAAUGGUUCUGGUGGUUCCGCACAAAAUACUUACGUCCAAAACGCUGGAAUCUCACUAGAGGAAGCAAAACAAAUAUUGAAUGUCAAAGAUAUUCACGAUAUAAAUACUUUAAAUAAACACUAUGAACACCUCUUUUCGUCCAACAGUAAAGAUAAAGGUGGAUCAUUUUACCUACAAUCUAAGGUAUUUCGAGCGAAAGAGCGUAUUGAUGAGGAAUUACAGUUUGAACAGUCAGAACGGCGACGAGAUCCAGAAUCUAGAAACAAUAACCAAUCAGGGACUUGAACAAAUGUAAAAUUCACUUUGUUUUUUUAUCAGUUCUCUGUAUUUAGGAAUUUACAGAUAAGUCAGUAUCCUAUAAAUUUAUUGUACAGUAUUAGUUGAAGAGAAAUUAAAAAUAAGCACGAUUAAUUUUACGUUGUUUCUUUAUGGAGUACUAUGAAGUGAGGAAAUUUUAUCGCUACGAAAGUUCAGCUGAAUAAUAAAGCUACUUUGAAUCAUAAACGAAUAUAAAUAGCUUCUAAUUACUGAUUAGAGUUUUCAAGUAAAACACUUGUUUUCACAACAGUUUCUCAUUGUAAUUCACUUUGUCAUGAUACUUUAUUUUCAAAUACAUGAAUUCAUACAAUGUAA